AUGGCAUCAAAAAAACCAAGUGAGUGCUCAAAUUUAGGAUACCACGUAAUUUGGGACAUACGUAGUGGAAAAAUUGAUGAAGCUAGAGCAGUUAUAGAAAAGCAUGGCCUACAAUACUUUGAAUUGUGGUCGCAAGAUACUCCGUUGCACUUAGCAGUUUUAAACAAGUACAAGGGGAUCGUCAAGACUUUACUUGAUCGUGGUGCGGAUAUCAAUGCUUUAAACUCUGAAGGUAUGACUCCACUUGAUCUUGCUGCUAAUUCUCAGCUCUGUUCCAUCGUCGAGUUAAUUUUAUGCCAGAAAAAUGAAGUGAUUUCUUCAAAAUGGGCCAAUUAUCCACUGCUGCACAGCGCGGCUACAUCUAGCGUGAUUAUUGUCCAGAAUUUGCUGGAUAAAGGUCUGGAAGUAGACUUUCUUAAAGAUGGAUUGACUCCACUGCAUCGUGCAACGUUCAGCGGUUGCUUGGCUGUCGUUAAAUGCCUUGUAGAACAUCAAGCUAAUAUCAACGCCGUAUCAAAUUCUAAUUAUCAUCUUGGGUUCGCGGCACGUUAUGUAGCGCAAUUGAGUGCUAAGCAAGCUAUGUCGUAUUUGGAUCGGAAAAAUACUUCUCCCAUUAGCUCCGCUUACCAAGAUAAAGAAACGCCACUUAGCCUCGCUUUAUUAUUGUCUAAUGAAAAAAUUAUUAAUGUCUUCUUAAGCCAUGGUGUUGACAUUAACACAGUAAUGCAUAAUGGAUUAACCCCUUUGCAAUACGCAGUAAAAAAUGAUAAGGAAUCAAUGGUUCUUUUUUUGUUGAAACAUGGGGCUGAUAUCAAAAUUUUAGAUAAAAGUGGCCGCAGUAUUUUACAUUUCACAUUACCUCUCUCUAAAUCCGCAGUAUUACUUUUAAAAGCCGGUGCUAAUGUUAAUGCAAAAAAUCGGAAAGGUGAAGCUCUGCUUCACUGUGCCUGCGAAAAUGGUAACCUCCGUGGUGUUAAAACUCUGUUGAAAUAUGGCGCUGAUAUUAAUUUGCGGAGUUUUAGGAAUAUGCUGCCUAUAGAAAACUUAUUAACUCUUACAGUACUUGAUACAAUUGAAAAACUUGAAAUAGUGAAAUUAAUUCAUCAGCGAGCUAUUUUUUUGCAAAUGGCCGAUCUGUAUUUGGAUAAAUUCUACAGUCGUAGUACUACAACUAACUUCAACUGGUCUGGACGUCAUUUAGAUAAUUUUAUAGUCUCUACCGAAAAGAAAGCGUGUGAAGAGAUAAAUGAUUUGAAGAAGAAAUACAUUGCUUGUAAUCUCACAUUCUAUAGCCUACUCAUGAAAAGUUCACAUGAGUUGGCUAUUUAUAAACGAAACCCAGCAAUAAAUAAAAUUAUUCAAUCUAUUGAUAUUUUGGAGGUAUUUCCUAUUUAUGGUAGUAUUAUUCUACGAAACUUGGUUGCAGCUUCAGCUCCGAUGAAAAUGAUUGAAGAAGCUAAGAAACGUGAUAUUUAUAGAGUUUUUCCUCAAAUAUCAAUCGAAAUAAUUGAACAUAUAUUCAAGUUUUUAAAUAAUGAUGAUUUUUUUAAUCUUAUCCGAGCUCUAAUAUAG